CGGCGGGCCGCCCGCCGUCCCCGGGAGCCUAUAAAAGCGCCCGCGAGCCGCCGGGGGUGUCAGUAGCGGACGGAGCCUCGCCCGCGCCCCGAGAUCGCCGAGACACUGCCCGCGACCCGACGCCGCGCCGACAUGGCUCUGAGUGCGCUGCUGGCCACCUCACUGUGCACCGUCGUGCUGCCCGCCCUGCUCUUCCUGGUGGCGGUGAAGCUGUGGGAGGCUUACAUGGUCCGGGGCAGGGACCCGAGCUGCCCCAGCCCGCUGCCGCCCGGAUCCAUGGGGCUGCCCUUCAUCGGGGAGACGCUGCAACUCAUCCUCCAGAGGAGAAAGUUUCUGCGGAUGAAGCGCCGGAAGUACGGUUACAUCUACCGCACGCAUCUCUUCGGCAACCCCACGGUGCGCGUCAGCGGGGCGGACAACGUCAGGCAGAUUCUGCUGGGGGAGCACCGGCUCGUGUCCGCGCAGUGGCCCGCGUCCGUGCGCGCCAUCCUGGGCUCGGACACGCUGUCCAAUGUGCACGGAUCCCUGCACAGGAGCAAGAAAAAGGCAAUCAUGCGGGCAUUCUCUAGCGAGGCUCUGGAGCUCUACAUCCCUGUCAUCCAGGAGGAGGUGCGGGCGUCUGUGAAGGAGUGGCUGGCAAGGGACUCGUGUGUGCUGGUCUACCCAGAAAUGAAGCGGCUUAUGUUCCGCAUAGCCAUGAGGAUCCUGCUGGGAUUUGAGCCGGAACAGAUCAAGACUGAUGAGCAGCAGCUGGUUGAAGCUUUCGAGGAAAUGAUCAAGAACCUUUUUUCUCUGCCUAUUGACGUGCCCUUCAGUGGACUGUACAGGGGUCUGAAGGCGAAGAACUUCAUCCACUCCAAGAUAGAGGAGAACAUCAAGAAGAAGGUGCAGGAGUCGGACAGGGGGUCAAAUCACAGAGACGCUCUGCAGCAGCUCAUCGAUAGCAGCAAGAAGAAUGGAGAGCCCUUUAGCAUGCAGGCCAUUAAGGAAUCUGCUACAGAGCUGUUGUUUGGGGGACAUGAAACCACAGCCAGCACAGCUACCUCUCUGGUCAUGUUUCUGGGCCUGAACCCUGAAGUUGUGGACAGACUGAGGCAGGAACUAAUGGACAAAGAGGAGCAGGGGAUGGACAUCCAGAGUCUGAACAUUGAGUCCUUGGAGCAAUUAAAAUACACCAGCUGUGUCAUUAAGGAGACACUGAGGAUCAAUCCUCCUGUUCCUGGGGGCUUCAGGGUGGCUCUCAAGACCUUUGAACUCAAUGGCUAUCAAAUCCCCAAAGGCUGGAACGUCAUCUACAGCAUCUGUGACACCCAUGAUGUGGCAGACAUCUUCCCCAACAAAGAAGCCUUCCAGCCAGAGCGCUUCAUGACCAAAACCUCAGCCGACUCCUCCAGGUUCCAGUACAUCCCAUUUGGAGGAGGCUCCAGAAUGUGCGUGGGCAAGGAAUUUGCCAAAGUCCUGUUGAAGAUCUUCCUGGUGGAGGUGGUCACAAAGUGUCACUGGACUCUUUUAAACGGUCCGCCCACCAUGAAAACAGGACCUACUGUCUAUCCUGUGGACAAUCUGCCAACCAAGUUUACCAGCUAUGUACAAAAUUAAACUGGGAUGUUGAGGGGUUGUUUCCUAAAAGCAGUGUGAAAUUUCAUGCGCGUGUCUUACUUCCAAAUCCUCAGGUUUUGGAAGAACUCAGGUGUUCUUAGGAAACAAAGGCUGCAUGUAGACAUGAACAGAAGAGGGGGUUCUUUUGGAUUUGUGUCCAUGUGGUCUUUGGGAAUAAACUGUACAUACUGUAGAUGAUUUCAUAUUUUAUAUUAUAGUGUUAACUUUGGAUUUGUAUAUAUUCAUUUUUAUUGAAGAUAUGAAAGAACUAAACAAAAGGCACUAUACACAGACAUGGAACACUUAAUCAAUUCAGAGGUGUAUCUAUAGGAUUAUGUACAUAUGUAAUGUAGAGUCUGUUUAUGUAACUUCUGUAUCUCAUCCCAACUUAUUUAAGUGACUUAUGUUACAUUUUAUUGGCUUUUUAUUUAAUAAACUGUUUUGCAAUGAA